AAAAGUGAAUUAAAAACACAUUUAUUUUAAUAAGCAGCCUUAAGUAUGUCACGUAGUGCUCGUCCUCUUACCUCAGCCCGUGUGCGACAUAAGAUUAAAGAAUUAACCACGCCGUCAGCCGACAGCAACUACGUGGUCAACCGGAAUCCUCGCAAUCUGGAGAGGUUACGCAUAGGCUAUAAGCCAACCGGUUAUCAUCUAGAAAAACCAGGCCGUUCCUAUUGGCACACACUAGAGAUCAACACCAGCGGUCGCUACGUUAGCGCCGAUGUGAAGCAUUUCGAGAAUGGCACAAUUCUGAGUGCUAGCACCUCCGAGUGGGCCAUCAAGCAACAAUUGUACAAAACUAAUGAUACACCUGCAUUUGUCAAUCUUGGCCGUGUGCUCGCCCAACGCUGCCUACAAGCCGGCAUUACUGAGAUGACAUGCAACGUAACCGCUGUCCCCGGCAGUAAACUGGAGAAGCUGCUGAAAGCUGUGCAGGAAAACGGAGUCAGUUUCCAGGAACCCGCCAGACUCCCACUUACACAUCCCUGGGAUGCGUUUAGACAUGAGAAACCCUGGGAGGUAACGGAACAACAAAUAUCGACACAAACUGCAGCAAAGAAAUAAAAACAAAGACAAAAUUGUUUCGGAUGUCGUUUCGUUUAUAAUAAACGUUGAAUUAUGCUAAUUACAAUGAA